ACAAGUACAGUACGGACAAAACCCAGUUUGGGGUCAAAGUCCAUGGAUCGUGUUGCCUUGCACUUGCACUGUCGCAGUUGCUGUUUUUAGCUGGAGCUGGAGCUGAGACUGUGACUCGAGUGUGAGAGCCCGAGGGUCAGGGAAACUGAGUAGUUCCCUGCUAGCCUCGGUAGCUAGCUGGUCACAAUCAAUCCUGACCGAGUCGUUUUGUAUUGCAUUUGCAUUUGGAAAUCAGUCUUCUAAGUUCUGGACCGAAUGUGUUGGUAACCUGUUAUCAUAAGUGGCCGACUGAAACCCCCUCACAACGUUACCCGGGUGUUCGCUGGAAUACGGGAGAGGUUGAUAUAUCGGUGUAUUCCAUUGGAUUUUGCCUAAAACGAACACGCAGAAUGUAUGUAAAAGAUAUGGCCAAUUUCAAGUAGAAUCUUGAUUACGAUGACCUAGAGCUAAGCCGUUUCACCAACACUGAUCUACAUCCGAGCACAGCUGGUGGCCUCGUGUGCCGCGGCCUCGCCAUACUCACCCGGGAUGGACAGCGACCUGACAUGCAAUCUGAAGAAAUGCCGAAAGCCGCUCACAUCCUUUGCUUGGGUAACAUCUUGCUCUCACAUAUUCUGUGACGAAGACGGCACGAAGGAAUUCAACAAGUCCUACGCGUGUCCUGCUUGUGAACAAAACUUGUCGGGAAAGUUUGACAUCAUUCGGACUGAUCUCUCACCCACAGAUCAAUACAAGUCUAUGGUUCUAGCUGGCCAAAAGCCCGAAGUCAUUAUGGAGAUCUGCACAAGAGCGCUUUCAUUUUGGACGUACCAGGCGCAUCAGGAGCGCACCUACCACGAGUACCUUUCCAACAAAUCGAAAGAAAGGUGCCUCAAACUGGAACAGUACUACGAGCAAGUGCUAGCUCGGCUGCAAAACGAAAUCUCCUCGCUGAAGAGUCAAGUGUCAACUGCUAAACAUGAAUUAGAAGCACUCAAAGCCAGGUAUAAUGAAUGCUCCAGCAAGCUCGUGGAGCGCAACCGCCACUACCAAAAGCUUCAGUCCAUGUACGAUGUAAUGCGCAGGAGAACCGUGACGACAUCAACAUUUGGCAGUUCAGAUGAUUUGGGAACACGGUUGAAGCCUUCCUUGGCUCCUCACUUCUCGCUGUUGCCAAGUCGUAACAAAGGUUUUUCCAGCGCUGGCCACACUCAGCAGGCAGGGGUGCACGCUGUCGCGGUGGCACAUAGCAACAGUGGUGCAGCAACAACAUCUCUUGUGGAGUCCACCGAUGGCAGCAGCAGCCACAGAGCUGGACAGGAAGGAGAGUUUGAAUUUCGACCUCAAGUUGACGUCCAACAGAGUAAUCAGUUCAGCACAUUUCGCUUACCAACACCUCCAGCCGGUAGGCUAGGAACUCCUCAAGUCAUGGGCACUGCAGGCACCGCCGUCGACACCGAGGCAUCGGCAUCCACAAGUGCCGACAUGCAGGCAAAGUUCACACUGAACCUAUCAAUGCCGGGGCCACAGAUAGGCGACGUGAUCGAACCAAAGCGCUUUCAGUAGUCGUCUUUCCAUUGUCACAGAUAGAGUCGCACCACUGUUACCAGUCCAAUCCCCUUCAUACCGUAGUGCACAUAGUUUUAGUUGCAUAGUGGAAUUAUCAUUACUUUAGAGGCUUCAAUAUGCCAGAUUAGGUGGAUUUGCCUAAAACCAGUUUAGUGGGCUUUUCUUGAAAGGUAGCCGGAAGGUUGUCAGUAACACACAAUUCUUGUGACUCCGCUGGUGAUAUUUUAAAACGUUCAUUGUUUGUUCCCAUCAUCUGGUCAGCCUCUGGAAUAUUCACACAUGAUUCCUUCCAUUCAGCGCUACUCAAUCUUCAUGCAGGCAAGCCGACAGAGUGAGAUGGCUUAGGACCAUCACUGAGAAUGCUAUGUUCAAUGAUGUUAUCUUUAAAUUGCUUCACCAUAGGUACAAACAUAGGUACAAACAUAGGUACAAACA